GGCGGCGGGGCCGAGGGGGCGCCUAGCGCUCGGCCCAGCCCCGCCGCCCGCCCGCCCGGGGCCGUGAGGGGCGGCGAGGCGGCAGCGGCCGCGGCGGGGCGGGCGCUGCGCGGGGAUGCCCGCUCGGGCCGGAAAGUUUCUUCCCCGCGGCGGCUCGGCCGCUUCCCGAGCGGACUUCUCCCCGGUCCUCCUCGGAGCUGGAGUGGCCAUAGGGAGCAGUGCUCUGGGUAGCCAGCCAUGAUCGCCACUGGAGGCCUCCUGAGGAUCUCAGCUAGGAAACAGGACCCCUUGCGACCCCAAAGCCAAGUCCCGAAGCGCAAACGCAAGGCCAAAAAGAAGCGCAAGAAUGACGUGGUGGUGGUGAAAGGCAAGCUCAAGCUGUGCUCCCUCUCGGGGCUCAUCGCCCUCUGUGGCAUCCUCGUUCUGCUGGUGGGCAUUGCCUUGGCUGUGGUGGGCUACUGGCCAAAGCCCAGCCAGGUGUACAGAGAAGGCAGCUUCAGCGGAGGCCGGCACCUGGCGCCACAAGGUGGCACCCCCAAGAACCGCUCCCGAAGCCAGGAAGGGGCACAAGCAGGGGGCCAUCCAGAGUCAUCUCCCAGAAUCAACACCUCCACCACUGCUACCACCUGGGGGUCCCCACAGUCUCCCCCCACCUCCUUGUCCCCCCAGGCCUCAGUGGGUUUCCUUUUCCAUCUUUUCUCUAGCUACUUGCAUUCAGACAAGCUGAAGGUGCUGGGCCCCCUCAUCAUGGGUAUCGGCAUCUUCCUGUUCAUCUGUGCCAAUGCAGUAUUGCAUGAGAACCGCGACAAGAAGACCAAGAUCAUCAACCUGCGUGACCUUUACUCCACUGUCAUCGAUGCCCACAGCCUGCGGACCAAGGAUGGAGGCACCCUGGCCUCAGCCCCUCUCAAUGGUUUUGUCAACUACGUGCAGUCCCGGAGCCUGGAGCUAAAGCCUGGUGGUGAAGGCCUGGGUGCUGCGGCCAUGCUGGCCAAGAGCUCCUGGCCACCAGGGCUGGCUGUCUCGCUUUCCCCACCAGAGCUGGCAUCCUCAUCACAGUGUUCCUCUUUCUGCACCCCACUGCAGCCGCCCAGCCUUGCCGAGGCUGUGUACAGCAUCUACCAGGAGCGCACUGACCUUGCUGGCCAUGCUGUCACUAGCCCACCCUGCAGCCCACCGGAGAGCUGGGGCCGGUGCAGCACAGCCAGCUCCAUUGUCAGUUCUUCACUGAGCGCUUUUGCCCUCUUGCCCUUGGCACCAAGCAGCAGAGGGGGAGGAUGGAGGAGGCCCUCUGGUGAGAGGGGAGCCCGGGAGAUACCACGGGGGGAGUUUGAACUGAGCCUGACUGACCUCAGCAGCAGUCACAUCAAGGGAGGCUGUGGGAUGAGGAGGCACAAGCUGGUUCUCAGGCGGCAGAGUACCAGCUGCUUGCCUGAUGCCAGGUGUCCCCUUUCCCCAGAGCCACCUCGGUCCCCCGCUGUCAGCAGGGACCUGGACUCUAGCCUCUUGGUAAAGGCAUCUUCUAGCUACUCCAAAUCUCUUGAUCUGGGGGAGUCGCCCCCCUCAUCCCCUCCUGCUAUCAUCAGGACAGACUCCCAGAGCUCCCAGUCUGAGCCUUCCAGCAACAAUAAGGGCUACAGCCACCUGGAGGAGGCAGGCACCUCCUUGGAGUCAGUUGCCAACACCUCAGCCAGUAAAAUCCAUGACUGUGAGGAGGAACCACCUGAGAAGACAGACCCCCUCAAGGCUACCAGCAGAGAGCAAACAGCAAAGCAAUCCCAGCAAACUCAAAGACAGUACACAAAUAAAGAGAAACUGUUUAUGAUUUCUAGGUCGCAUGCUGCAUUAGGGCUGGAGGAUGGGGAACUGGAGAGUACUGGCAUCUAAGAAAAACAGAAGGCACAAGGACACCUUGCAACCCUCCACACCCUCUCCCCCUUCUCCAUCUCCUUGUUGACUUAGGAAACCAAUCAAUAUCCAAAGAGUUGCAGUAUGUUACCCUUGAAAAUUGAAUUCCAUAUAGCCUGUAGAUGACUUCAGGAAGAAAAAGAAAAUCCUUUCUGUCUGAUCGUGAUUGUAUAUUUCAUGCAAGCCAAAUUGUAUUAAAUAUCCACAGUCCAGAAAGUUCUUUGGAUCAGAUUAAUACAAUUUCAGACAGCGUAACUGUGCACUUUACUGUUUUGAUUUCCAAGUGCCCCUUCUCCUCUGAUUUCUUUCUUGCUGAUUUACCACUGACUGCUUGAAAACUGCAGGCAUCUUUUUAAGCUCAAGAGCAGCGUGGUCUUCACAUCAAGAAAGAUGAGCUCUCUCUUUGUUUUGGUUCAAUCACUAAAAAGUUUGCAAGGCCUUAAGGAUGACGUACCUUGACAAAGAAUGAGUUUGUUUAAAUUCUGGGGAAAAAAAGACAAUUCAGAAGAGACUGGAGCAGAACAGAGCUCUGAUGAUUUAGUUAAAACCACUGCAUUCCUGAAUCCAAAAUACCUACUACUAUGUGAUACUUUAUUAAGUAUUAUUACACAUGUAUUGACUAAUAGCAUUAAAAGUUUUUUUUUUAAUAAAACAUUUACAAACAAAACUGCCACACAAAAAAAAGAAAAGGUGCUUUAUUUUGGUAAGUAAUUACAUAGAAAUCUUGUGGUUUUCUAGUGUGAAAGAUUAUAGAGAUGCUACAGGCCAAAUGUUUGCUUAUGCUUUUAAGUGGGUAAUUAAUAAUUUAGGAGUAAUUUUAAAAUAAAUACUAGUUCAGUCUCUGAGAAACCACACUUCAACCAGAAAAUUCUGUCUCCAUUUCUAACAGUGUUCUGUGACAGCUGAAGAAAUGUGAGAUUUUGACACACUAAGAAAAAAAAGAGGUUUGACCUUCUGUUUAAAUUUUUUGUAACACAUUAAUCUCAAGCUGCAGCAUAUUCUUUCUGAAUUUUUCACUUCCCUGAUAACUGUUGCAUUAAGCCUUUCUGCUGUUAUGGUUCCUAUUUGUGAAUGCAUGUGCAUAAGUUUAAUUUUAAAGCAUAAUAAUAGCCUUGUCAAUCUCAUAGCAGUUGGCCCUGCUAAAAUCAGCGGAGGUUUCUCACCGACUUCAGCGUGGUGAGGAUUUCUUCCUGCGUGAGCAAAGCAUCAGGUUUCCUGAAGGCUGGAGAACGCCUUGUCUGUAGGCAGAUUUUUGGUGAAUUGACGAGCCGUUUCAUUUUUCUAGCUGCAGCAUGGCAGGCACUCUUUUAUUUUGCCAAAACAGCUUUGUGUGCUCAGAAGAUUUUGUCAAUACUUCAGAUUUUAAAUAUAGAUAUGGCAUUUCACUACUAUGGGAAAAGAAAUCGACAUUAAACAAAUACAGUAUGUAGGCAGGCAAGAGUCUGUUGCAAUUAAUUUUUUUUCUUAUGUUUUCAAGUUUUAAAAUGCUUACAAAAUACAUACUUAACUACCUACGUUACAGUACAUGGCAAAAUGGAAUAUAACUAUCACUAAAUGAAAUUGCUGGAUUCGUAAUCCAUCAAAAGCCUUUAUUAAAUAAGGCUAAUCUAAAAGAAUAGAAAAAAAAAAUAAUUUGCCAUGUUAGAGUCUUGAAACUGGAGAAGCAGAAAGUGCUUAUUCUCUCGAGCAACAGAGACAUUCAGGUGGCAGUCUCAUUCCUCCUGUCAGUGGCAGCCAGUGCAUUGACAAUAUCAACAUCAGCGUGACGUAUUUUGCUAUCAAACUGCUAGCUGUCAAAAGUACAUUGUAAAACUGCCUGGACUGGCACAGGCUGGAUUAAGCACCAUGUGAAGUGGCAAGCGGGCAGCUCAGCUGGUGCUAGCAUUUGCAUGGGUCUUUCCUUUCAUUUCCCCAUGGGAGGUGGCCCUGCAUUUCUGAUCCUCCUCUUGUGACUUCCAGGAAUAUUUACAAGAUGUAUCUGAGCAGCAUUAGCUGGUGCUGAUGGUGGUUACUGACGCAGCUGAAGACACCCUGUUAUUUUCCAUGUGAAAACCUUUCGUGGCGAUGCAAGGGAAGAGGUGAGUCAUAGGGCUACUUGCUGGACCAAGGGGUCCUUGUGAAGAUGUGGCAGGGGGUUGUUUUAUUCUGAAGGGGGAAGCACAUUUUUAUAUAGUCUUAGUAAAUAUUUCUUUAGUCAUCGGAAACUGUGUGCUCUGAAACGAAACAACUUUAAGAAACCCUAUAGGUACUCCUUAGAUUGAUUUAAAACAAAGCAGCCCAGUAAUUCUUCUGAAUUCAGCUGAACAGCUUGCUCCUGUGUUGCCAAAAAGGUGUGAAACAUGAAUUUUCAUCAGUCAAGCUGAAUUUUUAAUAACAGCAAUGAUUUGUAACAUAUAGAUUAAUAAGCAGAGAAAGCUGCCUCUCUCUGUUUACAAGUUACAAAAAUAAAAAGCUCUUUUUUUUUCUCUUAUU